GAAGGGACUUCAUGCAGUGCAAGUCGUGCAAGUUUUCAAGCUCCUCCCAGGAAAUUCUUCUUAAGCAUUGUAGGCUUCACCACGGUCACGACUUUGUUACUUCGAGUAGUUAUCUCUCCAAAAGAAGCCCGUCGAAUCCUGCUCACAGAGAUACCAGCAUCUGUUGACCAGCUCAUCGAUGUACUUAAAGACAAAAUCAAGUUGGAAGGUGAUUUCUCACUCCAGUUCGAGGACCCCGAUUUUUCAAAUGCAUUAUGUCAGUUGACUCAAAUGUCAGAGUUGCCAGAUGGGCGUGCUGUCUUUUACAUUGUGUGGAACACUGGGGAAUCUCCCCUCAGCCGAUCUGAUAGCCAUUCCAUUGGCUCAGUGUCCUCCCUUGACACAGCCAGCUUACACUCUGAGGACUGUAAUGAGGCGCAGAGGAGCCCUACUCGUUCCUUCCAGGGGAGCUUGUUUGAGUCCCUCCCUUCUACCUCCUCAAGUUCUGUCCAGGGUAGCUUGUUCGAGUCCCUCCCUUCUCCCUCCUCAAGUUCUGUCCAGAGCAAUACAGAUUCUUCCCAGACCCCUUUAAGGCGUACAACUCGGUGGCCAAAUCCAUUCACAAUCCCUAAAUUUGCGUAUGAUGUUGAGCUGAGAUUGCGUAAGGGAAAUGACGUAUAUGAAAGAACACAGAAGCGCCUCAUUCUUACAGGAGAUAUGAGAUCUGACAUUGUGAAUAAACUUUGGCAGAGUAUUUUUGAUAUCAGAGGCGCCUAUCCCAGUAAGGAUGAAUUAGUGUCUGUUGCGUCUGGUCUUCUGGUCAAGUAUCCUUGUCUAAAGGAGACAGAUAGUGUAACUGGCUAUGAUGGAUGGCUGAAGAGUCUUCAUUAUAAGAUGGGCAACUUCAGGGCAAAGUUGCGUCGUGCAGGCUGCAAUGAGGUGAUGGUGAAUACAAAAAGAAAGGGAGAGGAUGGAGUGGCUGCUCCGUUCAUCCUGAAAAGGGCCAAACGUGGAGAGGUCAACCAUGUUCCAGAAUAUCCAGACAACCAUGAUGGUACCACUCUUGAGGAGGAAAGGCUUGCACUGAUUGAAGAAAUGAAGAAAAGGAAAAGGAACAUGGGUCUGAUUAGGCAGAAGAUGGAACUGACUUUCUCCCAUCGUCGGAGAGAAAUCGUAGAAGUGCAGCCUAUGGUGUCAGAAGUCCAAGAACGAUGGCCUGCACUGUUUUCUCAUGAGGAGAUAUCUGAAGAAUUUUAUCGAAUCACCAGCAGAGACCUCCGGGCAACUUGGAAUGCAUCCCUCGACAACUAUGUACCUCGCCUGAUAAAACUGUACCGAGCCAGAAAAGCAGCUUUUGGUCCAGAUAUGGAGAUGUUGCUGAAUAAACUUGAUGAAGAGACAACAGACAUUGUGUGUCAUCGAAGGACAGCAGCACUGUAAGGCCUUCCCAUUUUUGUUCGUGACGAUGCAUCACAGUUCUAUUUGAAGUGUGUGGACACAGACCCUGAAGAAUCGGUAGUUGCAGGAGUGCCCGUUGCAAUACUGACCGUCUAUGUAGAUGAUGAUGCUGCCGCAUGGACAACAGUGACUGACAUCGCCAUCGUCUUGGAAGGGGCAGUAAUACUACACAACUUACCUGACCUCGCAGCUGCCUUCGCCUGCCUGUUUGGCCUUUUGUACGCAAUGGACAUAAACUAUCCAGAGCAGAUGAGGUACACCUUCGAGGCUAUCCAGAACAUCUUUUUCGAACUUGGAUCAAGAUGCUCACAGCGCACGCGAUCCUUGAAAGAGAAGCUGUUGCUGUGAAGCCUGUGUAUGAUUGACACUCACGUGGACAUCAACACGCAUGCACUCACACACAGCUUUGUCAUAACUCCUGCAUGAGCACACACACACACAAAGCUCUUCUUUGCCGACUACCACAUUAACAGGCCUGUACACACACAUUGUUCUCCAACAACUUCUCCAUGAACACACACACACAUAUAGCUCUUUGCUAACCACUACAUGAAUAGGUCUGUACACACACAUUGUUCUCCAGAAAACUUCUCCAAGAACAAGCAUGCUGCACAAGCACACAGAGAGGAAAGGAGCAUUUCUUAAGAAGCUCAGUUCACAGGGCACUAAGCUCCUCUGUGCUUUCUUCUAGAAGCCAAGAAAAUUCACUGAGUUCAUUGUGGGUAUAUUUUUCUAAUAUAUGUGGUUUAUGUUGUUGUUGUUGUUUUGUAUCUUGAUAUAUAACAGCUUGUUAGGUUCCAUUACCAAUGUGAACACACGCCUGCUACUCUGCUCGCCAGCA